GCUCCAUGAUGAGGUGGGAUCAGCUGAUGGGAACUGAGUCAGAACUUCCCAGACAGUCCGCCAUCAAACUCCCAGUCCAGAGAAGAAUAUUCCCCCUGGAAUAAGCUGCGGACGUGUGGGUCACAUGACUGAUCCGAACCGCCGGAGGGAAGCUGAAGGUUCGGGAGCCUCCCGGGUCACGACUCUGGUUCUGCGUUUGAUUCCACGACUGAGGGCUGAGACCUCCUCCUGCGCUGGACUCUGAGGAGGUGCAGAGAAGCUCUAAGAUGUUGCUUGCAAGCAAAGCGGACUCCUCCAUCCUCAAGGAACCGGCAGCGCUCCAGGUCAGUCCGGCCGAGAUUCCAGUUCUAGAAAUCAAACUGGGAGCGCUGGUGGUCCUGCUGUCUGUCACUCUGCUGUUCGGAUUCAUUCCUCUCUGCGUCGUCCGAGGAGGCGGCCGCUGCAGCGUCGACCCAGACUUUCGCCGCCGGCUGCUCAGUUGGAUCAGCUGUUUUUCUGGAGGCGUCUUCUUGGCCACCUGCCUGUUGGACCUGCUGCCAGAUUACCUGCAGAGCAUCAACGAGGCGUUCAGGAACGCUGGGAUCAAACUCCAGUUCCCUCUGCCGGAGUUCAUCAUGGCCAUGGGUUUUUUCCUGGUUCUGGUUCUGGAGCAGAUUGUCCUGGCCUUUAAGGAACAGUCUUCCUCCCACCCAGAGGAGCGCCGAGCUCUGAUGGCGGACUCCAACAUCCAGACGGCCGAUGGGAGCGGUCACCAUCACCGCCACAGAGGCUCCAUAGAGUCCAGUGGUCACUUCCACACCGACCUGGGCUCCCAGUCGGCGCUGCGGGCCUUCAUCCUGGUCUUCUCUCUGUCUCUGCACUCGGUGUUCGAGGGGCUGGCGGUGGGGCUGCUCGAGGAGGGCAAGGAGGUCCUUGAGAUCUGCCUGGCCCUGCUGAUCCAUAAGAGCAUCAUCUCGUUCAGCCUGAGCGUGGCGCUGUCUCAGGGCCGGCUGCGGCGUUCUGUGGUGUCCGGCUGCCUGCUGAUGUUCGCCAUCAUGUCGCCGCUGGGCAUCGCGCUUGGCGUAGGCCUGACUGAGACCAAGACGUCUCCGCAGCAUCAGCUGGCCCGCUGCACACUGGAGGGGCUGGCGGCUGGGACCUUCAUCUACAUCACCUUCAUGGAGAUCCUGCCGCACGAGCUCGCCUCCACCCGCGGCCGCAUCCCCAAGGUGGCCAUGAUGCUGCUGGGCUUCGCCAUUGUGACCGGGGUGCUCUUCAUCAAGCUGUAACCACUGUGCAGUGUCAGACAGCGACUCCUGCAGCUCGGACGACAGGAUGCUUCCAGAACCUGGAGAGGGGAACCUAAAACAUCGACUUAUUGACUUAGACCUGAUCAGCAGAACACCAGCUUAGAGAAGAAUGAGAUCAGAAUGAGACUGGCACAAACUCUCUCUGCAUGGUCUUGACCAAUAUAACGGAUGUAUUUAAAGUCCACAGAACCAGAACAUCUCAAGUUGGUCUUAUCGAUCAGCCAGCAACGGCUUUUUCAAGUUUCCUGUGUGAAAUUCUAACUGAAUAUGUGAGUGAGAGCACCACAAGGCUCACCUUACCAUAACCCCUAACCCCUUAGCCUUGCCCAGCUGUCACAUGGUUAUCCUGUUCAGCUCCUUAGAAAAGGUCCAACUCUAAAUGUUUCACUGGACGUGUGUUUUUAUACCAGAUCUUUGUUUCAACAAUAAUCAAAUGUUUUCUAGGUGAAUUUUUACUUAAUUUUCCCAAACUGAUCUUUAGGAAACAAAGUUAGAAAUUUUUUUAUGAUGGGAAUCUUGAAUUGAAAAUCCGUCACUAAAUGAGACGACAUGAAGUAAAGGUUCUGAGGUGUUCAUCUACCAGACUUAGGAGGAACAAUCUGCAACGUAGCAUCAAGACCAAAGACAUGAAAUCAUCAUAAAUGAACAAAAACUGAUUAAACCCAGAAUCAGGAGGUUAAAUCCUGAAAUAUGCCAAACAUUUCAUAUGACUGUGGCGGUUCUGAAAGAGCUGCUGCUGAUAACUUAGAUCCUUUUUCAUUAGUUUAACAACAGCGCCUCCUAUUGGACUUUAGAGUACAACACAGAUGGAUAAAUCCUGUUUAAAUCACACACCUAUACAGUAUGUAUAUAUAUUCUAGUUUGAUUUUACUGUUUUACUUUUCUUUAUUUUGAUGCUUAAAUGUCUGUUUCCUUCAUCAUCAUCAUCAGUCUUUGGUUUAUUUGUACACUGACUGUUUAUUCUGUAUAUUGCAUUAAUAAAACGGUAAAAACCCACAA